AUGUGGUUACUUCUAUUACUCUUCACGCCGUACGUCAUCAGUCAGCAGCCAUGGGUGCCGUGUUCAGAAUUGAACGAUGACCUUCGGUACCCUUGUCGAUGCAGAGUUCAAGUUGACAGAGCCUUGCAAUUACGAAUUUUGAUGAACUGUGACCACGUGGUAUUCGCGGGUGACUUUCCACCACUUCCCUAUGGCGCUCCCAUAGUUUCGUUCAGUCAGCGAUGGGCUGGACAACAGUCGUUACCAACACAGAUUUUCUCAUCAUACGGUCUCCCGUUAAAAGAGCUGGACUUUUCUCAUAACAGUCUCCGUCGAUUGCCUGACCGUUUGUUAGCGGGGAUCAAAGGCAAUAUUACCAAAGUAGUUUUAGAAGAUAAUCUCCUCGGUGACAAUUUGAAUCCAAUCUUCUCGACCGCCGAGUUUCACAAUCUUCCAGCGUUGGAAGAAUUGGAUCUAAGCGGAAAUAAUAUAAGAGGCCUUGAAGAAGGUCUCUUAAUUGGUUGCGAUGUGCUGAAGGUUUUACGCCUGGACCGUAACAAUAUGAAUUUCGUCCCAUCCUCUUCUCUCAACGGGCCGCAGUCAUUAAAAGUUCUUUCGCUCAGAGAAAAUAGAAUAGGCAUAAUACGACAAGCAACUUUCAUAUCUCAAAAGUCGUUACAAGAAAUAGAUUUGCAUGGGAAUAUGAUAUCUACAAUCGAAGGGGGAGCAUUUAUAGGCUUGAAAGGUUUAGAGAGUCUGGAUCUUGGACGGAACAGACUGUCCAAGUUCAACAGUGACGUAUUUCAAGGAAUUGAGAACUUGGAGAAAUUGGAUUUAUCAGAAAACUUUAUAGCCGAUUUUCCGACAGUUGCACUUAAAGUGUUCGCUGGUUUAAAACAUUUAAACAUGUCUAGCAACAUGAUAACGAACAUGGAUCACAGUCAUCUUAAUGCUCUGUCAGCGUUGGUAGUUCUGGAUCUGAGUAGAAACAAUUUAGUUAAACUCUCACCAGGAACUUUCGUUGGGUUAACGGAAUUGAAAUAUCUUGAUAUUGGCGUGAAUUCUUUACGUACUGUGGAGGACGAUGCAUUCGAUGGCCUUACUAGUUUAGAAACAUUGUUAUUGAGAGACAAUAACAUUUUACUUAUUCCUGCAGCUGCAUUGUCUCGAUUGCCUAGUCUGACGUCUAUUCAUUUAGGAUUUAAUAGAGUAACAGCGCUCUCUACCGACAUUUUACGGGCAGUCUCCGAGGGCAUAAAUUCGUUGGUUCUAUCGAGAAACGUUAUCAGAGAAUUGCCACCGGCUGCUUUCGAACAUUUUAAAUAUAUACGUCAUUUAGAUCUAUCUGGAAAUCUCUUAAAUUCGAUAACAGCAGACGUAUUCAGCGGUCUAGAGACUACGCUCGAAUUUUUGUCUCUCAGCCAAAACAGAAUAUUAGGAUUCACUGGAGAAUAUUUAAAAUUUGUGAACCUUUGGUUUUUAGAUAUAUCUGGAAAUCAAAUAUCAGAGAUACCAGUUAACGCAUUCCAAUCUAUAAAAAGUCUAACGCACCUUAAUAUGAGUCAUAAUUUACAUAUUAAUGUGUUGCCACAGAAUCUUUUCGAUUAUAAUGAAGGACUUCUAUCUGUAGAUAUAAGCCAUGUUGGACUGAAAGCAUUGCCGGUUAAUUUGUUUUCAAAGACACAUAAUUUGGAAUACAUAUAUUUAUCACAUAAUUUGUUACAAGAAAUAUCGGAAGGUACUUUUAAGAAUCUCAAGAACCUAACUCAUCUUGACCUUUCGUACAAUAACAUAGUUACAAUAAGAACACCUGCCUUUGUAAAUGUCAUGUCAAUACAAUAUUUAUCUCUGAAAGGAAAUCAAUUGAAUGCGUUCAAAGGUGAAUUCUUUAAUACUGGCACGAGCUUGGAGGUUUUAGAUGUAUCAGACAAUCAGCUGAGCUACUUAUUCCCAUCGUCUUUUAAGAUUCAUCCUAGAUUAAGAGAAAUUAUACUAGCCAAUAAUCAGUUCAAUUUCUUCCCCGCAGAACUUAUUAGUACCCUACAAUAUUUGGAAAAAGUAGAUUUGUCUGGUAAUGUUUUGAAAAAUGUCGAUGAAUUAGAUUUUGCUCGUCUGCCUAAAUUACGUACGAUCUUAUUAGCAAGAAAUGAACUCGAAUCUGUAAGCGAAAUGGCUUUCCAUAAUUCUACACAGAUUCAGCAUUUAGAUUUGUCUUACAAUAGAAUAGAUCGUUUAGGUGAUCGAUUAUUCGAGGGUCUCAUUAGAUUAGAACUUUUGAAUUUAGCAGGAAAUCUUCUAUAUGAACUACCAGAUAAUAUAUUCGACAGAUCAAGGCUCCAUAUGCUAGAGUCAAUAGUACUCAGUCACAAUUUAUUUGAGCAUGCGCCGUUAAAAGCGCUGCAAAAACAAUAUUUCUUUGUGUCAUCAGUAGAUUUAUCCCAUAAUGAAAUCGUGGAUAUUCCCGCAGAAGACAGCGUAAUGGUUAAUAUUAAGAAACUUGACCUCUCUUUCAACCCGCUAUCAGAGAAAACAAUAGAUAAUGUUCUAACAGAACCAAAAACAGUAAGAGAAUUAAACCUAGCUGGGACCGGGAUAAAAUAUGUUAAACAAUUGGAGACGCCAUUUUUAUAUCGAUUAAAUCUAUCUCAUAACAAUAUUACUAAAUUACCCGAAAAGACCUUCGCAAGAACCACUAUGCUUGAAUCUUUGGAUCUCUCCUUUAAUCAGAUCGGUGAUGUGUCUAAUUCCCUUUCUAUAUCCUGGCCUAAAUUAAAAAAUCUUCAAAAGUUAAACAUUUCAAAUAAUCCCAUAAUAAUGGUGUUGGAAGGUAAUUUUGAAGGACUAGUAUCACUUCGAUUUUUAAAUAUGGAAAAUCUAGAAAAAUGUACCAAAAUAGAAAAGAAUGCUUUCAGACCCUUAUCAAAUCUUGUAGAACUUCGCGCAUAUGGUUAUCCAAGAUUGGGUUAUUUCGAUGUUCAAGGAGCUCUACAAUAUGUAUUGGCAAUGGAAAAAUUAGAUGUCGAAGUAAAAGAUACAAAUGUAGGCCCAGACCAAUUACAUUCAACAUUACAUCCUCGUCUUGAAGAGUUGGGUUUAAGAGGAAGUAGACUAAAGACUAUUUCCUCUGGGGUACUUGCAGGUUUAAAAUCACCUUCAAUCACUGUACGAUUCCGUAAUACAUCCAUAAGUAAUUUGCCUCCAGCACUAUUGUUUCCUUUACCACGUUCAUCACAAAUAACAAUCGACGUUGGCGGUAGUUCACUCACAACACUGCAACCACAAUUAUUGGUAGCUCUUGAUGAUCGUCGUGCAGAUUUGUCUAUGUUUGGGCUAGAUGCUAAUCCAAUACGUUGUGAUUGUAACGCCAGAGCUUUAAGGAGAUGGUUACCUACCGUGGGUAUUCAAGGUGUGAGAUGUCACUCACCCGAUCAUUUAUCAGGAUAUUUAAUAGUUGAAAUAGGGGACGACGAGCUCUCAUGUGAUUCUAGAAAGAGAACUACAGCUACUUCUUCCAGUAGUAUUUCAACAACAUCACCUCCAAGACUUGUGCAUAAAACGUCAGCAGAGCCGGAUAUUAUCUGGUCAGUGGCACCCUCACAUGAACGACCAAAAGCAGCAGGGGAGCCUAAAGGAGCACCUGUUAUUGGAAUUGCCACUUCCAAUAAUGAUGAUAAUUUGAUAAUAGGGAUAGUAGGCGGUGUUGUUGCUUUUAUAGCUAUUCUUAUUGUUGCUAUAUGCAUUGUACGUUUACGUAUGACUUCGACAUCUUAUCGCGGUGGGCCUUUAGCGAAUAGUCCUGGAGCUGGGGCAGCUCAAUUAUGGGGUGCAGCUUGGCCUGGAUAUGCAGCGACCUUACCCCCGCCAUCAUUGUCUACAGCUACAUUACCUCAUAAAAUGCAAUCUGGGCCUGGUUCAGUACGUUAUAUGGCAGCUCCACCUCCAGCCCCUUACUUUAUAAGCUUGCCACCUCACGAUGAUAAAAUUUAUCGAUGA